UCCGCCGCUAUCCCUCUCCCCGCCGUCAUGAAAGCUCCGAUCCGUCCUGACGUUGUAACCUACGUCCACGCCAAUAUUUCCAAAAAUGCACGACAACCUUACGCCGUUUCGAGAAAGGCUGGUCAUCAGACCUCUGCUGAGUCAUGGGGUACUGGUCGUGCUGUAUCUCGUAUCCCCCGUGUUGCUGGUGGUGGAACUCACCGUGCUGGACAAGCUGCUUUUGGUAAUAUGUGUCGUGGUGGUCGUAUGUUUGCUCCUACACAGAUCUGGCGCCGUUGGCAUAGAAAGAUUCCGGUUAAUCAGAAGCGUUAUGCGGUAGUUUCAGCUAUUGCUGCUUCCUCAGUUCCUUCACUGGUUCUCGCCCGAGGACAUCGUAUUGAAUCAGUGCCAGAGUUACCUCUGGUUGUUUCUGAUUCGGUUGAGGGAAUUGAGAAGACUUCUAAUGCUAUCAAGGCGCUAAAGCAAGUGGGUGCUUAUCCUGAUGCCGAGAAGGCGAAGGAUAGCCAUGCUAUUCGUACAGGGAAGGGUAAGAUGAGGAAUCGUCGAUACAUUUCCCGUAAAGGUCCAUUGAUUGUGUAUGGAACUGAAGGGGCUAAGUUGGUUAAAGCCUUCCGCAAUAUUCCUGGAGUUGAAAUUUGCCAUGUUGAGCGUUUGAACCUCUUGAAGCUUGCUCCUGGAGGUCAUCUUGGACGGUUUGUUAUCUGGACGAAAUCAGCUUAUGAGAAAUUGGAUGACAUUUACGGGUCAUUCGAUAAGCCAUCUCAGAAGAAGAAGGGGUACUUAUUGCCACGUCCAAAGAUGGUGAAUGCUGACCUUGCUAGGAUCAUCAACUCAGACGAGGUACAAUCCGUUGUGAGACCCAUCAAGAAGGAUGUGAAGAGGGCAACAUUGAAGAAGAACCCACUUAAGAACCUGAAUGUGCUGCUGAAACUCAACCCCUAUGCAAAGACUGCAAAGAGAAUGUCUCUUUUGGCUGAGGCUCAACGUGUCAAGGCCAAGAACGAGAAGCUUGACAAGAAGAGACACCAAAUAACUAAGGAGGAAGCAUCAGCUAUCAGAGCAGCAGGCACAUCUUGGUUCAAGACAAUGAUUUCAGAUUCUGAUUACACCGAAUUCGAGAACUUCACAAAGUGGCUUGGCGUUACACAGUAGAUGAUCAUUUUUGUUUUGAGGUGAUGUUAGAAACUAUUUUGUUUAAUUGUUGGUUCAGUCUGAUCUUUUUGGUUUUGAUGGUCCAAGCUGAGAUUAAGUGGGAAGGGAACUAUAUCCUCAAGUUACUUGCAAAUUCUUCCCCUGACCUUAUUUUGUUGUCAAGUUCCCUUUUAGUUGACAGCUUAUCAAGAGAUAUGGUAUUAAGUAUUAUUUGGCUCUCCAACAUUGGAUGCAUGACUUAUUAUCGAUUUCCCCAUCUUCUUUUUA